GGCUAUUGUAACUCAAAUAGCCGUAACAGUGUCACAACCAGUUUUACUGUUUGGAAAGUUUUCUAAAAAAAAAUGAAUAAAUGAAAACAAUGAGUCCACAGGUAGGAUUCUGGGAUAAAUUGCGGACGAAAUUAUAUCGUAUUCCGUCAACUCAAACAUCGACAUCAGUGAAUUAUGACACAGCGACCAAUACAGUUAUACCUAACGGUACGAAGAUUCAUUCUACAAAUAAUGCCGAUUCGACACCAGUGACUGUGAAUGUUUAUGAUAUGUUAUGGAUCAAUGAUUAUGUCAGUUCUCUUGGUAUUGGAGUUUAUCAUACAGGUGUUGUAGUUCAUGGAACUGAAUAUUCAUAUGGAGGUCAUCCAUUAACCAACUCUGGAAUAUUUGCUAUGCUACCUAAAGAUUCUGCUUAUUUAGGUGAAAAUUAUUCAUACAAAGUAACAUUGUCCAUGGGAUAUACAGAUUUUACCGCUUCGGAUGUUGCUUUAUUACUCGAGAAUAUAACAACAGAUUAUCGUGGUGAUCAAUAUCAUUUAUUGCAUAAAAAUUGCAAUCAUUUCUCUGAUGCAUUUAUUCAGUUACUUUGUGGUCGAUCUCUGCCUAAAUGGAUAAAUCGAUUGGCUGCAAUUGGUUCGAAACUGCCAUUCAUUGAACGUACAUUACCAGUUGAAUGGUUGACACCUCAUCAACAGAUUACUAGCGAUAUGAGUAGAGAAGAACAGGAUGACAAUAGUUUCGAUUGCAUAGACGAACAAUCAACUAGUUUCAAUACACAAAACACUACUACUGCAUUUCAUGGCGUCCGAAGAAUUAGUACUAUGGAACGUAUACAAAAUUGUGUACAUCGUUUACAUGCUACCAAUAAUAAUACUAAUGAGAAUUCCAAUAAACGUGCACAAAAUCAUUCUAAAUUGUUGAAUGAUUUAAAAUAUGAUACCUAUUCAUUAGUUGAUAUUCCAUUGGGUGCAAAAACCCAACCAGAUCAUAAUUGGUAUUCAUAUUUAACACGAUGUGGAAUAUUUUAUAAAUUUGAUUCAACGAAUUCUACGCCAAGUAGUAGUGGUAGUACAUUCGAUGAUGAAAAUGGUCAUGAUGAAGUAAAACAGUUCAAGUCUUCUUGUUGUGGUGGUAUACAACAACGUCAACCAAUCAAUAUGAAUCAAUCGAACACUGAAUCCGAUCCCCAUCGGAACAAUUGUACACAUUCAUCUUCAGAUUGUUCUUGUUUUCAACAUAACUUGACAAAGCGAUUAACAUCUCAUAAUAGUAUUUCAUUGCCUUCAACACCAUUAAAUCAUUCCGCAUACUUUCAUCAAUCAUCCGAAGCUGUUAAACCAUCUAUAUCAAUCAAUUGCAUUUGAUCAUAAUAGUAUUAUUAUUAUUGUUAUUAUUA